AUGCCGUCAAAGAAGGAAAAAGUUGAGAAGCUGUCUGCCAGCGCGCAGGAGGAUCUCGUUCUCAAGUAUCUCAAGCAACAGAACCGUCCGUACUCUGCAACGGACAUCUCGGCCAACUUGCACAACCAAGUCACGAAAAACAACGCUCAGAAGAUCCUGACCAAGCUGCACGAGGCGAAGAAGAUCGUCGGCCGCUUCUCGGGCAAGCAGAGCGUCUACCACGCAAUCCAGGAUCCAGAGGAUUCGACCACGCCGGAGGAGCUGGCGGAGAUGGACGCGCAGAUCCAGAAAACGCGCGACGAGACCGAAGCGCUCGUCGUCCAGAUCAGGUCCCUUCGUGCCGAGCUGGCACAGCUUAACUCCAGCCUUUCGAACGCGGAUCUGCAGGCGCAGAUUGCCGAAAUGGAAGCGGAAAAGACCGAUAUCGAGGGGCGACUGGCGGCAUUGCGGAGCGGAAAUGCAAAGCCAGUCAGCAGGGAGGAGAGGGCUCGAGUAGACGCUGAAUUGAAGAUGCUGGAGAAAUGCCGCGUGGCUAGAGAGAAGAUCGUGAGAGAUAUGUGGGACCUUGUGAGCGACAUGGUGCCAAAAGAGGAGUGGGAAGAGCUCAAGGAGGAUUUUGGAAUCGAAAUCUAA